AUUGAUGCAUAAAAGUAGUUCCGGUUUUAUUGACCUAUGUUCAAUAGUAGGAAAGCAUUUCUUUAGAGUGUUUCUCGUCGUUUCAGUCAGGUCUUCUUUGGUUUUAGCCACGAGACAUGUCGGACGUACCGAGUAAUGCUCCGGAACACUGUCCUGGGACAGCCAGUGAGCAGGCUGGAAAGUCAUCAGCUUGUGCGGGUUGCCCAAACCAGAAAAUAUGCGCCUCUGGAGCUCCGAAGGCUCCUGAUCCAGCCAUAGAGGAGAUAAAGGAGAAGAUGGUUACGGUGAAGCACAAGAUUCUGGUUCUUUCUGGAAAAGGUGGAGUGGGGAAGAGCACGUUCAGCACGCAGCUAGCUCAUGGCCUCGCCAGUGAUGUCUCCAAAGAGGUGGCUCUGUUAGAUGUGGAUAUCUGUGGUCCGUCCCUCCCGAGGAUGUUGGGGCUGGAGGGGGAGCAGGUUCAUCAGAGCGGUUCAGGCUGGUCCCCAGUGUACGUGGAGGACAACCUGUCAGUGAUGUCCAUCGGCUUCCUGCUCAGCAGUCCGGACGACGCCGUCAUCUGGAGGGGUCCGAAGAAGAACGGGAUGAUAAAACAGUUUCUUCGAGAUGUGGACUGGGGCGAGCUGGACUACCUCAUCGUGGACACGCCCCCCGGCACGUCGGAUGAGCACCUGUCCAUCGUCCAAUACCUGAGCUCCGCCGGCAUCGACGGUGCGGUCAUCAUCACCACCCCUCAGGAGGUCUCUCUCCAGGAUGUCAGGAAGGAGAUCCGUUUUUGCCAGAAGGUCAAGCUGCCGAUUAUCGGCGUUGUGGAAAACAUGAGCGGUUUCGUCUGCCCGAAAUGCAAGAAUACGUCCCAGAUUUUCCCCCCGACAACCGGUGGGGCGGAGAAGAUGUGCGCCGACCUCAGUCUCCCCUUUUUGGGACGCGUCCCCCUGGACCCACGGAUAGGGAGAAGCUGUGACGAGGGACGAUCUUUCCUUUCGCAGGAACCGGACUCCCCAGCAGCCGCAGCCUACCACAGAAUUAUCCAGAGCAUCAAGGACUACUGCUCGCAUCGUUCCCGAACGCACGGAAACGCUGACUAGAAGGGGCCCGCAACGCAGUGGAAGAGGUGGCCUAACGUGGUGAACAUGCCUAAAGCUGAGCAAAAAGGUCCACAGCGUGACAUGAAUGCACCAAGGAGAAGCCUGGUUGGUUCAUUACGUACAGGAGACAAGGCUUCUGCUGUCACCUAGCCUCCUUGCGCUUUGCCUUAAACUGUAGGCCAGAAGUUUGGGAGGAAAAAAACAAACUAACAAAUAAAUAAGUACACUUUUCCCCACAAUGCUUGCACAGACUUUUUCCAUGAUUUUCAAUGACCCACUGAUGAAGUUUGUGAUUUUGUGAAAUUUUAUGACAGAAAAUAGGAUGUUGAAUGUCUAGUUACUCUGUCUAAGGCAAACAGAAUUGUGGUUAGGUUGAGUAAAAGCUGGGAUUAGACUUUAAAACCAGACCUUUCCUGUCGGUAUUCAUAAAUGACUAUAUCCAGAGCAUAUCUACAGCCAAGCAUCUGAAAUACUUGGGGAAAUAAUAUCUUAGUUACAGACAAUCAACAUUUCUGUCAAAUAUCUGCCAAGCUGAGUUGUGUGCAGAAAGGUGAAUUUGGAGCCAGUCAGUGAACUUGAUGAAAUUAUUUUGUAAUGGGAUGCAUGUGCACUAGGCAUUUUUGUAAAAAAUGUUUUGUAAAAAUGGUCAGACGACCAAACCAAGAUAUUUGCAGUUUCUUUCUGAGCAUAAAAUGAUUUCAAACUGGUUUUAUUUUUUUUCCCUCAGAGCUCUUCUUGAUUGCCUAUAAAUUGGGAAUGCACCUGACUUUUUGGGUCAACUGUUGUUUUGGUCUUUGCUCUAGAUAGUCCUGUUAACUUGCUUCUUUGCAGUGUGUGUAGAUACUGAUAUGUUUCCAUCCUUCUUUUGAUAUGUAGUAAAGCAAUACCAAGUAAAUAAUGAAAAUUA